ACGAAAACAUGGAUAACAUUUUCGGAUUUCUCGGAAUUUAGAAAACACUUCCAAAACCUCCUUUCUUCUCAUCGCUCUGGCAGCUCUCGCAGGGACAGGAUCUGGGUAUAAUCCACUGUUGCCUGAUCCCAUUGACACCGCAAUCCCAGUUUGGAUUAAGGCCUUUGGUUCUAGGUCAAGGACUCGAUCCUUUAUCAGAUGACCGAUGGAGAGACGGCUCGCGAGGACUCUCCCGAUCCGCUACAUGAAUUUGUGCCCUUCCAGGGUCAGAAAUCGGAUGAUUCCCCAUUGUCUCAAUAUUCCUCCGGUGGAGAAUCUGAGUUCGAUAGGUAUUGUAGCGCCAACUCGGUCAUGGGUACGCCCAGUAUGUGUAGUAGUUCAUUUGGGACUUUUAAUGAGUGUAUCGAUUCUGAAUUAGGGUUUAUGUGGAGUUCUGGGCUUGGGGAGGAUGGUAGUUUGGAGAAUUUUAGCUUGGGAGGAGGUUUGGAUAGUAACUGUGAAAACCACGGGAGAAUUGCAUUUUUGGGUGGGUCAGAUAUCUGUAGAAAUGAUCAUGGAAUUGAAAAUCGUGAAGCACAGAGCGAUGGUGAGAGAACAAUAAAGAAUGGGUCAAAAUUACGAGAUGGCGAGGAGGGUUCUAGCAGUCAAAUGGCAUCUUUGAGGGUGGAGAGUGGGUGUGGGGAUAAGGGGUCAUUGCUAAGCGGUCUGGGAAAUGAAUGCCACAAAGAGAAUGCUAAUGCAAAAUUUGUUAAGGAUGGCAUGUUUAAUGAUGGGAUUGCUGAAGAAGAUUCAUCAUCUCACGUGGUUAAUGAAGUCGACAGAUGCUUUUAUGGGAAUUGCUGUGAGGAAGAUGGAACCUCGUCCAGAUAUGAACAUUCAGAAGACGAGGAUUCAAUGUAUAAGUAUGGGACAGAUGAUGAACUUAAGACAGAUUUGAAUCGUGGGAAGAAUGUGCAAUAUCAUCAAGAAGAAAAAGCUGAGAAUGGGAACCCAUUGCUUAUGAACUCAUCCCUAGCCUUUGGUUCAGAAGAUUGGGAUGAUUUUGUCCAAGAAACAGGAGAAAGUGCUUUUCCUUCUUUGAUGUUGGAUAAAUUUCAGGAGCAGAAGGAACAGAAUCUCAAAGCUGAAAAAAUGCUGCCAAAUUCAAGUUACGUGACACCAAUUGGGCUUCAAAGUAUCAGUGAGACAACAGAAGGAGAAAAUGUUUUGGAUGUGCCCAUAGCCAUAAAACAAGUUCACAAUCUUGAUGAAUCAGAAGAGUGUAUCAAACGUUGUUCUUUGGUCCCAAUUAGUACUGGGGGGUCAGAGCAAGGAGAAGAUGUGAAAGACAUUCAUGUGACCAUUAAUCAAGUCCAAGUUACUGAUGAAUCAGCUGAGUACCUUAAAAACGGUUCUGCAGUUUUCAAUGCCUUAAGGAAUCUUGGUAAGUCAGAGGAAGGAGAAGCUGUUAGAGAUAUUUGUGAAACCGAUAAUCAGAUUCAAAUUCAAGGUGCUGAUGGAUCAGAAGAGUAUCUUCAAAGUUGCUCUGUUAACAGUAUCUUUGAAACAGAGCAGGACCCACUAGCAGAAAAGGUCACUUUGAGGAUAGGAUUGAACACUAGUGAUGGUAUCAUGCAAAGGGAGCAGCAACAUGGAAACACCUCAGAAGUUCUUGGCCUUGGUGACAGACAAGUCUCAGAUAGUCCAGAAUUGGGGAAACCAAAAGUACAAUUGGAUCCACUUUCUUAUAAUACUGUUGAUCAAGUUUAUGCUCCUUCAACUGAAGCGCUAGAAAAUAGACAAGCAGGAUUCUUCAAAGGCUACAAACCAGAUCCACACACAUCAAUGCUUGAGAAUGAUAUGUGGAAUGAAUCAAAGGAUUCUCCUGUUUCAUCAGAUCCCUUUGAAGGUCAUUCUGCACCAGUUAAGAUGGAGAAUAUUGAAUUAAAAGAAUCCUAUGAUGAAGUUGUCCUUGACAUGGAGGAAAUUCUGCUCGAGUCUAGUGAGUCUCCUGGGGCUAGAUUCACUCAAGGCAAUAGGACAUUCCAAUCCCAUCUACCUUUGCCUUUAAGAGAUGGUGGUUCUACCGCUUCUACUUCCGGUACAGAUGAUGUUUACCCACCACUUCGACAGCUACAGAACAUUGAUGGGGUUGAAGUCAUUGGUGCAAAGCAAAAGAAGGGAGAUGUCUCACUUGGUGAAAGACUGGUUGGAGUUAAGGAAUACACUGUUUAUAAAAUAAGAGUGUGGAGUGGCAAUGACCAAUGGGAGGUUGAACGUCGAUACCGUGAUUUCUUUACUCUUUAUCGUCGGAUGAAAACAGUAUUUUCUGAUCAAGGUUGGAAUCUUCCUUCUCCUUGGUCCUCUGUUGAACGGGAAUCCAGAAAGAUUUUUGGAAAUGCUUCUCCUGAUGUCGUAGCAGAGAGAAGUGUUCUCAUUCAAGAGUGUUUACGCUCCAUUCUCCACUUUAGGUUUCUGUCCAGUCCUCCUAAUGCUUUGAUUUGGUUUCUGUCCCCCCAAAAUGCUGUUCCUACUUCCUUUGCAUCAAAUACACUGAUGCCUUCUUCUACAUCCUUUAACAGAGGUGUGAAUAUUGAAAAUGUUUCCGCUCUAGGGAAGACCAUAUCUCUUGUGGUAGAACUCCAACCAUAUAAAUCCAUGAAACAGAUGCUAGAGGCACAACAUUAUACUUGUGCAGGAUGCCACAAACAUUUUGAUGAUGGCAAGACCCUCGUUCGGGAGUUUGUACAGACAUUUGGGUGGGGCAAACCUCGGCUUUGUGAAUACACUGGUCAAUUGUUUUGUUCCAUGUGUCAUACAAAUGAUACUGCAGUCUUGCCAGCCAGAGUUUUACAUCACUGGGAUUUUACUGAAUAUCCAAUUUCUCAAUUGGCUAAAUCAUAUCUGGACUCUAUCCAUGAUCAGCCCAUGCUUUGUGUCAGUGCUGUUAAUCCUUUCCUAUUCUCGAAGGUCCCAGCCUUGCUUCAUGUUACAGGUGUCAGAAAGAAGAUAGGAGCUAUUCUUCCAUACAUUCGCUGUCCAUUCCGUAGGUCUGUCAACAAAGGACUGGGGUCUCGACGAUAUCUUCUUGAAAGCAAUGAUUUUUUUGCACUUAGAGACCUUAUUGAUCUGUCCAAGGGGGCAUUUUCAGCAUUACCGGUGAUGGUAGAAACUGUUUCAAGGAAAAUAUUGGAGCAUAUCACAGAGCAAUGCCUCAUAUGCUGUGAUGUUGGCGUCCCUUGUAAUGGUCGGCAAGCCUGUAAUGACCCGUCUUCUUUCAUUUUCCCUUUUCAGGAAGGUGAGGUUGAAAGAUGCAAAUCCUGUGAAUUGGUUUUCCACAAAUCUUGCUUCAGAAAGCUCACAAACUGUCCCUGCGGGGUACAACUAAGGGCCGAGGAGGUCACAGGGCUCACCAAGAAGGCAAGUGGUCGGGGUGGGCGCAAGGAGGGCGAAGCUGUGGACUUGCUUGGGAGGAAGUUAAGUACUGGUUUGGGUGGUGGAUUCCUGACUGGACUAUUUGCAAGGGCAAGGCAGGAAAAAGCAUUGGACCAUAAAGAAAGCGACAAUGUCAUCUUAAUGGGUUCUUUACCUAGCACUUCUCUUUGAUCUCCUCUUAAUUGUAUUUUACCAAUUUGUACUCAUAGUUUGUAAAAACCACAGAAUCUGGUUCAAAUUUUUUGCAACUCUUGUUAAUAAUUUGUGACCAGACUUUGAGUUUAUAUUUUUUCCCUUUUGUGAUUCUUUGUAACAUAAUGUUUGUUAAUAAUAUGAUAUAAGUGACUGGUUUUCAUUGA